GCCGGGCCGCAGCGCGCAGGCCCCGGAGAGGCGCGGCCGCCCGGCUGACCCGUAGGGGCGGGGGCGGCGCGGCGGAGACCGAGGCCGGGGCCGGCUGUGCUCCCGCCGCCACACCAUGUCCCGCCAGCCCAAGGACGACUUCCUGCGGCACUACACCGUCUCCGACCCGCGGACCCACCCCAAGGGCUACACGGAGUACAAAGUCACCGCGCAGUUCAUCUCAAAGAGGGACCCCGAGGAUGUCAAAGAGGUGGUCGUCUGGAAGCGGUACAACGACUUCCGCAAGCUGCACGGAGACCUGGCCUACACCCACCGCAACCUUUUCCGGCGCCUGGAGGAGUUCCCCGCCUUCCCACGCGCCCAGGUGUUUGGCCGGUUUGAAGCCUCAGUGAUCGAGGAGCGACGGAAAGGGGCCGAGGACCUGCUGCGUUUCACCGUGCACGUCCCCGCACUCAACAACAGCCCCCAGCUCAAGGAGUUCUUCCGGGGUGGCGAGGUGACUCGACCCUUGGAGGUACCCAGGGACUUGCACAGCCUGCCACCCCCUCUGAUCCCCACGCUGCCCCUGGAUGAGCCCCUGCAGGCCCCCGAUGAGUCCUGGCUGCCUCAGCCACUCCCUGCGGAGAAGAGGGGCCUCGAGGAGCUGGAAGUGCCAGCGAGCCCCCCACCCUCUAGCCCAGCCCAGGAGGCGCUGGAUCUGCUCGUUAACUGUGGGAGCUCGGAGGAGGCUGCCGGCUCCCCGGCCCGAGGGCCCGCCCUCACCGAGUCAGAGCUGGCCCUCUUCGACCCCUUCUCCAAGGAAGAAAGUGCAGGCCCGAGUCCUACCCACGUGAGCGAACUGGCGGCAAUGGAGGCAGACUUGGAAAGGGCAGACCAGGAGCCCUGGGAGCCAGGAGGACAGGAGGAGGAGGAAGAGGAGGAGGGGGCGGCCGCGAAGGAUGUGGAAGGACGGCCCGCCCCGGCCUACCUGAGCCGAGCCACCAAACUCAUCACCCAGGCCCUACGGGAUGAGAAGACGGGUGCUUACGCCUCGGCACUGCAGGGCUACCGCGAGGGCGUACACAUCCUGCUCCAGGGGGUGCCCGAUGACCCUUCCCUGGCCCGCAGGGAGGGCGUGAAGAAGAAGGCGGCUGAAUACCUGAAGCGGGCGGAGGAAAUCCUGCACCAGCACCAGCCCCCACCCUGAGAGGCUCAGUGCCUUCCCCAGACUCCAGCGCCAGCACUGCCGCCACCCCUCUCCCUGGUGCCCAGUCUUGUAAUUCCAGGGGCCACUUCUGUAUGUGACCGGACCAAGAGUGAGAAAAAGAACCAGUUCUCAGCUCCCUGACUGCACCUGCCACCUGGGAGUCAGGGCAUCACACUUCUUAUCCUCCUGUUCCGGCUCUGGUAUGAAAACCUCUUCUGCAAAUCACCGAGAGCCCGGUUCAUCCACAGCCAGAUCCGGCCCAGCACCUUUAUAAGGCCUAUGAGUCAGGAUUUUUUUUUUUCCAGUUUUCAAGUGGGUGGGGAGAAAUAACAGUCCAUGAUAAGUGAAAACGACAUGAAACUUAAGUAUCUAAAAAUAAAGUGUUAAAAAAUAAUAA